CCCGCGCCCCCAGCCACGCCGCGCUUCCUGGCCCUCGCAAACGGCACCCUGUGGGUGCCCCUGCUGAGUGCCAAGGAGGCGGGCGUCUACGCGUGUCGCGCCUACAAUGAGCUGGGGGCCAACUCGACGUCGGUACGCCUGGCGGUGGCGGCAGCCGGGUCCCCAAAACACGCGCCUGGCGUGGGGGGAGGACCCGACGGGCGCACCCCGACCUCCGAGCGCAAGUCCACAGCCAAGGGCCGGGGCAACAGCGUCCUAACCUCCAAGCCCGAGGGCAAACUCAAAGGCCGCGGCCUGCCCAGGGUCAGCGUCC